GUCAGUUUGAAUUUAGCAAUCGUCGGUGAUUGAAUAGUUCCCAGCCUUGUAAUUGUCAGUAUUUUCCGUGUGAUUUAAAAAUACAAAAAGUGAAGUCAUCACGGUUCAAAAUGAAUACGAAACAAAUGUUGUUCUAUUUUGGAUCGGCUUUGCUUCUUGGAAUGUGGUGUGUACAAGGAGCAAUAGUUAUUCGUGGGGACUCUGUUCUCACUCUUGAUGGAGAUAUCACUGCAAGAAUUCAUAAUGGAACCAUUUACUGCGACAAGCUGACGUGCCCUGCGGAAUCCUUCAAAUGUAUCAUCGUGAAGAAUAACACCGCGGAAAACAUCAACCAAAUCGAGGUGACACGUGAGUGCCUGGAUCGGUCUGGCAACACCACCGCCAAAACGGUGGAGCAAGUGGCAAACAAAUCACCGGGGCAAAAGAUCCGGAGCUAUGCGCAAAUUGAUUUGAAUGGAAACAUUUCUUCAUAUACCAGCGGCGGAAACUCUUUUAACCAAACACAGGCUAACCAACUGGGUGAAAAAAUUCGAAGGGAAGUUGAGGAUAGGCUACGGCGCGCCGGCAUAAUCCCUGGAAGACCAUUUAUCCCGCGCAUUCCACGACCAAUAUGGAGAUGGUAAUAUAGAAUGAACGCAUUAAUAAAAACUGGGUUUCCGAUGACAGAUUUCCAACGAUUGUUCAGGCAUGAGAACUAUAUUACAAUUACUUUGGUUUUCAAAUAUUCUGUUUGAUUAUAUAUAUAUUCAAAUAUAUUGGGUUGGGGAAAAAGAAAUGUCGUAUAUUGUCAAUAUAUGGUAACACUUAAA